AAUAAAUUGAUACUUUUUCUUCUUUCUUUCUUUUAUAAAUCAAUUAAUCAGUGUGUGAUUCUUUCGAUUCAUUGAGAAAUUUGUCAUGGCCCCAAGUAAGUUAUCAUCUGUUGCCAAAACAGCUAAUUUGGCUGCUUCUGCUUUGAAAAAUGGUAAUGGUUCAGUUAUUCCAAAUGCUGUUGCCAGAAGUUUACCCCAAGCUGGUCAAUACCAAGCUUUAAGAACUACUGGGGGUUCCUCCGUCCGUUCUGCUUCCAGUGCUUCUGGUACUAAGACCAUGACUGUUAGAGAUGCUUUGAAUUCUGCAAUUGCUGAAGAAUUAGACCGUGAUGAUGAUGUCUUUUUAAUGGGGGAAGAAGUUGCCCAAUAUAAUGGUGCUUAUAAAGUUUCAAGAGGUUUAUUAGAUAGAUUUGGUGAAAGAAGAGUUGUUGAUACUCCAAUUACCGAAAUGGGGUUCACUGGUUUAACUGUUGGUGCUGCAUUAGCUGGUUUAAAACCAAUUUGUGAAUUUAUGACUUUUAAUUUUGCUAUGCAAUCAAUUGAUCAUAUUAUUAAUUCUGCCGCUAAAACUUAUUAUAUGUCUGGUGGUAAGCAACCUUGUAAUGUCACUUUCCGUGGUCCAAAUGGUGCCGCUGCUGGUGUUGCUGCUCAACAUUCUCAAUGUUAUGCUGCUUGGUACGGUUCUAUUCCAGGUUUGAAAGUUUUAUCUCCCUACUCUGCUGAAGAUUAUAAAGGUUUAUUCAAGGCUGCCGUUAGAGAUCCAAAUCCAGUUGUUUUCUUGGAAAAUGAAAUUGCUUAUGGUGAAUCUUUUGAAGUUUCUGAAGAAUCUUUAUCUUCUGAUUUCGUCUUACCAAUCGGUAAAGCUAAAAUUGAAAGAGAAGGUACUGAUAUAACUAUGGUUUCUCAUACUAGAAAUGUCAUGCAUUGUUUAGAAGCUGCUAAAUUAUUAGAAGAACAAUACGGAGUUAAAGCUGAAGUUAUUAACUUAAGAUCUAUUAAACCUUUGGAUGUUCCAACCAUUGUUGAAUCAGUUAAAAAAACUAACCACUUAAUCACCGUUGAAGCUGGUUUCCCUGCCUUUGGUGUUGGUUCCGAAAUCUGUGCUCAAAUUAUGGAAUCGGAAGCCUUUGAUUACUUGGAUGCCCCAGUUGAAAGAUGUACCGGUUGUGAAGUCCCAACCCCUUACGCUAAAGAAUUAGAAGAUUUUGCUUUCCCAGAUACCGAAAUCGUUAUGAGAGCUUCCAGAAAAGUCUUAUCCUUAUAAUUUCAUUCAUAAUGACCUUCCUUUCAUUCU